AUGUUGUUAUGUGGCCACUGUAACGAGAAUUACUCAUGUGUGGCAGCAAGAAAACAUCAUGAAAUUCAAAACAAACUUUCAGUCGAUUGGAAGCAUUUUCAAUUUCCGCAUUUCACCCCUUGUCUAUAUAUUUUAGUCAUGUCAGAGGCAUUGCUGGUGCUGAUAAUUUUAAAGAUGUGGCAAUUUAGUAAACAAAUGAAGUGCUUUCCUUGUGACUGCACAGAUUUAAGUUCCUGCUGUUUCCUAACAAGCUUACUAACUUUAUUUCUCACCAGCGAAUUUCUCUUCGUUGUUUGUUUACCUAUUUUUGUGCACAAUAAAUUUGUUUUCUGUAUAAUCUACACUAUUGUUCCUGAGCAUACAGCUUCGUUCUUGUCACCUCUACCUCUCUCUUUACACUUUGUUUCAGAAACAUAUCCUUUAUUUCGAAUGAGAUUUGUGGGGUUGCGUUAUGCCAAAAAGGCAAAAAAUGUAACAAUUAUCACUUGA